GCCCCCGCGGCAGUCGCGUGGUCCCCGCGCGGCUCCAUAUUGCGGCGGCACCGGGGUCGGGGGGUUCCCGGCGGGGCUCGGGGGCGCGCAGAUGGCGACGCAGGUGGAGGCGCUGCUGCCCGGCACGGCCCCGCUGCUGCCCGCCGAGGAGCGCGCCCUGGUGCUGAAGCCGCCGCAGGACGGCGGCCGGGAGAAGGGCGAGCCGCCCAUGGGCCCCGACGGCGGGCCGGCGGCGCCGAGGCCGCCCAGCGCCAAGCAGCAGAAGGAGGAGAGCAACAACCAGGAGAAGGAGAGCCUGCUGAGGGCCGGCGGCGAGGCGGAGGACGGCGGCGAAGCGGGCGGCGCGGGGCGCCGGGAGUUCAUCGAGGCCCCGCCGCCCAAGGUGAACCCCUGGACGAAGAACGCGCCGGCCGUGAACGGGCAGUCGCCUCCCGAACUUACAACUCCAGCGAAAGUGGUGAGGGCUGCCAACCCGAGACAGAGGAAAGGAAGCAAGGUUGGUGACUUUGGUGAUGCCACAAAUUGGCCAACACCUGGAGAAAUAGCCCACAAGAGUGUCCAGCCACACAAAACACCGUCCCUUCGGAAGCUGCCUGUCAAGAAAGACAUGAAAGAGCAGGAAAAGGGGGAUGGGAGUGAUGGCAAAGAGAGCCUGAAAACCAAAUCGGAUGAGUCUGGGGAGGAGAAAAAUGGCGAUGAUGACAACCAGAAGUCAGCCCAGAAGAAGAAAGGCAACAAACACAAGUGGGUCCCUCUGCAGAUAGACAUGAAGUCAGAGGUGCCUAGGGACAAAACGGCCUCUCGGAACAACCGGCAAAACGAGCAGCACAGGCACCCUUCCAACAACCGCAGCGAGCUCAAAGGUGAGGGCUCAGGCUCUCACACCCCUCCUGCCUCUCCUUCCCCGUGUGCUGCAGGAUGGCACCCUGACAACAAGCACGAGCGCAGCUGGCAGGACCAUGAUGAGACCUCCAGCGUGAAGAGCGAGGGAGGGGCCGUGCGAGGAACCUUCCGGGGCCGAGGCCGCGGCCGGGGCAGGGGCCGUGGCCGUGGCAGAGGAGGUGAGCGCUGGCACUUCGACUACCAGUACGGAUACCGGAAAUUCGAGGGCUCGGACAGCUCCCGCACCCAGAAGUACGCCAGCAACAUCACCUACUACUUCGACAACAUCAGCAGUGCUGAGCUCUACAGCGUGGACCAGGAGCUGCUCAAGGACUACAUCAAGAGGCAGAUAGAAUAUUACUUCAGUGUGGACAACCUGGAGCGAGACUUCUUCCUGCGCCGCAAGAUGGACUCGGAUGGCUUCCUGCCCAUCACGCUGAUCGCCAGCUUCCACCGCGUGCAGGCGCUGACCACCGACAUUAGCCUCAUCAUCAAGGCUCUGAAGGACAGCAAGGUGGUGGAAAUUGUGGAUGAGAAGAUCAGGAGAAAAGAGCAGCCAGAAAAAUGGGCUCUGCCUGGCCCUCCUAUGGCAGACUACACACAGACAGACUUCUCACAGUUCAUCAAUUGCCCUGAGUUUGUGCCCCGGCAGAGCUUCCAGAAAGAGACUGAGUCUGCUCCAGGCUCCCCACGUCCUGCCAGCCCAGUCCCCACCAAAACAGAGGAGGUCAGUAACCUGAAGACAAUGCCCAAGGGCCUGUCCACCAGUCUCCCAGACCUGGAUUCAGAGACAUGGAUUGAAGUGAAGAAGAGACCCCGACCUUCCCCAGCCAGGCCCAAGAAGCCAGAAGAGUCAAAGACGCCACAGCAGCAGAAGCAAAAGGACCAAGAUGAACCUGAGGAGCUCGACUUUCUGUUCGAUGAGGAGAUGGAGCAGAUGGAUGGCCGCAAGAACACCUUCACUGACUGGUCAGACGAAGACUCAGAUUACGAGAUCGACGACCGCGACGUCAACAAGAUCCUCAUCGUGACACAGACCCCUCCGUACCUGCGCCGGCAUCCCGGCGGGGACCGGACUGGCAACCACACGUCCAGGGCUAAAAUGAGCUCAGAGCUGGCCAAGGUGAUCAAUGAUGGGCUGUACUACUAUGAGCAGGACCUGUGGACAGAGCAGUUUGAGCCAGAGUAUUCACAGAUCAAGCAAGAGGUGGAGAACUUCAAGAAGGUGAAUAUGAUCAGCAGGGAGCAGUUUGACACCCUGACCCCAGAGCCACCUGUGGAUCCAAAUCAGGAAGUCCCUCCUGGUCCCCCCAGGUUCCAGCAAGUACCUACAGACGCUUUGGCCAACAAGCUCUUCGGAGUCCCUGAGCCCUCCACCAUCGCCCGCUCUUUGCCCACGACUGUCCCAGAAUCACCCAACUACCGCAACGCCAGGACCCCCCGCACCCCGCGCACCCCUCAGCUCAAGGACCCGACGCAGACGCCCCGGUUCUACCCAGUGGUGAAGGAGGGCAGGACGAUAGAUGCCAAGACUCCACGGAAGAGGAAGACGAGGCACAGUUCGAACCCUCCGAUGGAGUGCCACGUGGGCUGGGUGAUGGACUCCAGGGAGCACAGGCCCCGGACUGCCUCCAUCAGCUCCAGCCCCUCGGAGGGGACCCCAGCCGUCGGGAGUUACGGCUGCACCCCGCAGUCCCUGCCCAAGUUCCAGCAUCCCUCACACGAGCUGCUCAAGGAGAACGGCUUCACACAACACGUCUACCACAAGUACCGGCGGCGCUGCCUUAACGAGCGAAAACGACUGGGCAUUGGUCAGUCCCAGGAGAUGAACACGCUUUUCCGGUUCUGGUCCUUCUUCCUGCGAGAUCACUUCAACAAGAAAAUGUAUGAGGAGUUCAAGCAACUGGCUGUGGAGGAUGGGAAGGAGGGAUACAGGUACGGUCUGGAGUGCCUUUUCAGAUACUACAGCUACGGGCUGGAGAAGAAAUUCCGGCCAGACAUAUUUAAGGACUUCCAAGAAGAGACCAUCAAGGAUUAUGAAGCUGGGCAGCUCUAUGGGCUGGAAAAGUUCUGGGCCUUCUUAAAAUAUUCCAAAGCCAAAAAUCUGGACAUUAACAGCAAACUGCAAGAAUACCUCAGCAAGUUCAAGCGCCUCGAGGACUUCCGAGUAGAUCCACCCAUGGGGGAGGAAGGUGGACACAAGAGAUAUCCAUCGACAUCAGGGGGAGAUGGCAGGAAGCGCUACCCGUCCCAGUCUUCCAGCAAAACGGUCAGCCAGUGCCCAUCCAGCCAAGCCCACGCCUCAGCCAGCCAGCCUGCACAAGAGGAUGCCAAAAACCUGAGCCAGCAAUCCCCUGCCCCAUCAGCUGCAGAGUCGCAGACAGUGGGGAAGUAGAGAGGCUGCAGCGUCUGCUUCCUGCCAGGGGGUGGGGUGGGUUGGUGGGGAAUGGCUCGGAGAAGGGCAGACAUGAGGGGGUGGGACAGGAAGGGAGCUGCAAGGUGGGUUCCCACGAAUGGGCUGCUUGGGAGAAACUUCAACGCACAUGAUUUUCUUCUCUUGUGGCUGGAAAGCAAAGACGAUCUGCAUCCAAAACACCAUUUUGCUAUUACUACCCUGACCAGAGCCAGACCCGCUCCCGGCAGACCCACCCUUUCCCUUCCCUCUCCUCCUGUGCACACAUUCAUGUCUUAGUGUCUCUUCAAAAAAAUGUGUUCUGGCUGGGUUGGAAAGGAGAGAUUUUUUUUUAUUAUUAUAUAUAUAUAUCAAGUUUUAAAUUAUUGCUAGAAGUUCGUCUGGAUUUACCAAAACAAGUCUGCUCUGUGUGGCCCCAACGAGUCCCCUGUGUGUCCCCCUCGGAUGGCGGGGCAGCCGCUCAGGAAGCUCGGAGGAGCGAGGUUCCCCAGUGGGGGACUGAAGCCACAGCGUGUGCCGAUGCUGCGGAGCCUCUGAUCUCCAUGACCCGGCUGGCGUCUCCCGUUCCACGUACGGCGGUGCCUCCCUCUCCAGCGCCGACUCCACGACGGGAGCAUCGCCCUGUUCCUUGCCCCGCUCCCUUCUCCCCAACGUCUUCACCUUCCCGAGGGUCUGGCUCUCCCUGUGUCCACCUCUCCCUUCCGUCACGGACAAUUUGGAAGUCAACCAAAGGACCUUUGCCAAGGAUAGGCUUGUUCUGACUCCUUCCUGUGAGGAUGGCUGGUUGGGAGGCUGGCAGGCACCUGGACUCGAGCUUGCGUGGACGGUGCACCCGCUGCCCCAGGAACACCCAUCACUUGCAAAGACAGGACUUUGCUGAAGGAGCUUUUCUCUUCCUUUUCCCUUGGAAAAAAAUACAUAACAAAAAACAACAAAAAAAAAACAAAACCCACAAACUCCUCUAAAAUAACAACAGAAAAAAACUCUUUAAAAAGACACAUCUCCCUUUGCUUUCUUCCUUGGAAAUACUAUUGAAGAAAAAGAAAAAAAAACAAAAAACCCCAAAAACACACAAAAAAAGUUGCCUUAUGGUGGAGCUGGAGCGGGGAGGCUUCUUGGCUUCCUGCACCCUGGGGUGCACUGGGCUCUUGGCUCUCCCCAGGCCCAGAGACUCCUCAUGGCAUUGCUGCCAAGCUGAUCUUCCCUGCGGCCUUUCCUCUGACCCCACAGCUCGCUCGGAUGCCUCCCCUGUCACGGAGCCUCCCUGCCACGUCUGAGUCUCCUGGGGAGGGUGCUGAGGGCAGUCACAUCCAGGACUCGUGCUCAUGGAGUAGUUGGUACCAUGGCAGCCUUGUCCCCAUGACAGUGACUGUUCUGUCAUGGCAUUGCUCGUACCCCCGGCCCUCCCUCCUGGGCAGGAGGUGGCUCUGCUCCUGUCUGUGCUUCCACCGUGGCUGGGGAGUGAGCAGGGAGAUAGUCACAGCAGCUGGGGGGACUGGUCCUGCUGUGGGCAAGGGCUGCUUCUGCUGCCAGGGAGUGAGGCAGCCCUGGGAAGGCUGUCCCUUGGCAGUCAUGGGCUUGGGGCUGCUGCUGGGACUUGUAGUAGGGUGAGCAGGAGACCUGCCUACCACAGGCAAGUUCUUGCCUGGGUUUCCUUGUGUAUUGUGUUGUGGCAGGUGGCUGCAUGGAGUCUCCCACUCAGGGCACAGUCCCUGUGCAUUUCCAAGGGCUGAGAUGACACCAUGUAGCUCCUUAUUCAGCUGGGGCAGGGGGUGACUGCAGAGCUGCUGGGGCAUUUACUUGAUUGAUCCUUACACCCCGCACCAGGUGGACUUUGGCAGGCAAACCCUCCCCAGGCUGUGAGCUGGAUGCUUUGCAAGGGGUGUGUGUCAGGUGGGAGAUCUGAGAUGUCCAGUGCUACCUCUGGAGAUGUUCCAGAGGUAGCACUGGAAAGUAGUGUUCCUUUCCAGCCAGACCUGCUUGCCUUGCUGCUACCGUGCUCCUUCUGCUGGGUCCCUGGGACACCAGGCUUGGCUGUGGCUCUGGAGGUCCAUCCCUGUGAGCUCCAGAGCUCCUGUGUGCAGUGUGGAGGGGGCACGUGAUGCACCACUCCAACGGUGCAGCUCUUUCUGUUGCCCUCUCUGCAAAGUCACUAGCUGGUACUGAACAGUGUUAUCCUAAGGGAUCCAGUUGAUCCAGAGCUGUAUCUUGCAGCAGGAAGAAGUCAUCAUCUCUCCAGGGCUGUCCCGGUGUGGCUGCAGGAUGGGUGGAUGAGAGCAGCCAGGAACUGAGAGCAGGAGCAAGAGGGGAAGCACAGCCAAGCUGUCCAUCAGCAAAUGGCUGUGGGUGCUUGUGGGGCCCUGGCUGGGUUCAUGGUUUCCCAAACUGACACUGUGUCCAGGAAGCUGCUUUGGUGGGGGCAGGUAGGCUGGUCUGAGUGAGUGGCUUAAUGAACUGCUGCUAGAAUUGAAAGCACAGCUGGAUUUGAGAGGCUGGGGAGCUGCUACUUGGCUGUUUCCUGGUGGUGUGAUCCUGCUCUGGUCAGUCCCCCCUGCCAUGUCAUUCUGCAGCUGGUACCACCCACACCUGAUUGCAGCAGGCGAGCCCACCUGAGCCUGUGGAUCUCUGUUAUAGCAGCAGUGCUCUGGGGUUGUGGCGUGAAACUGGGCAAGAUGGGCAAAAGUCACACUUGUACAGUGCUGUGGCCGUGACUGUUAUCUCUGGAUUUCCUCUCUUGUGAGCUGGAGUCAAAUCUCUGGGGUUAUGUACAUAGGCGGGUUUGUCCCUGAUUUUGGGAAUGAGGAGGCUGGAGAGUCGAUCAAGGACAUUGUAGAUGUGUUGCUGGUUGUUUGCAAGUGGAGGCAGGUCUGGAUGUGCCACAGGUGAUCCUUGCUGCUGUGUCUGUGCUCCUUUCAUUGGCGUGUUCUCUCCUGAAACCAAUUGUCUGCAUUUCAGCAACAAAUUCAUAGGAAAUGGGGAGGGAUGAGCUGCUGCUAUGGAGUUGUUCCUUGUAGAGCAGAUUGUGGAAUUGCUUGGGUUGUAGAAGAGGUAGGACAUUUCCCAGAGAAUUUCCCAAAAUACUGAUUUUCAGUAAUUUUUAAUUUCUGAUCCUGAGGUUCUAGUCUUGGCAUGGAAGUGUUUUCCCUUCCCCCUCUGCCAAGUCAGUGGCACAGUUGUCACAUUAGUGUGUGCACCCAGGGAAAGGUGGAUCAGAAGAGCCAUCCCAGUGGUCCCAGUGCCCUCUGGGUCUGUGGACCAUGUGCCUUGUUUGCUGUCUGUGGGACAGCAGUGGGUAGGACAGAGCAAAGAUGGAUGUGACAGCCUGAGGCAGCUGCUGCUCACUCACACCUGUCUUCCUGCAGGGAAGGGAGCACAGAACCAUUCCCUCCUGCUCUGUGCUGGGUCAGGAGUGGCCGCAACAAGGCUCGUGUCCCCUCUGGGUAAAGGGACAGCUGUCCAGAAGGGGUUUGCAGUUGGGGAAGUUCUUGGCCUUCUACAGAGGAGGGAAUUAGGUCUUGCUUUUAGUUUGGAUGCUUCACCUCCACCAUGUGUUGUGCUUUUUUCAAUUUCAGAGGACUGAGUGGUUGCACACAAGUUCCUGUGAGUGCUGAUUGUCCCACAGCCCGUGAGGGCUGCGUGGUGCUGGUGUCCAGCCACUGGCAGAGCCUGGGGGGAGCCCCAGCUGCUUCUGGAAAGGCUGAGGGAGGCUGAGUCAGGGGAGUAUUCCUCAUGCUGCCCCUCUUCUCAGGAGGUUCUCCAGGCUGCUGGAGCUUAGGGCUUCUCGCUAAGGUGAACUUGACUUUAGAAUGUAGGUACAGAGCUGUGGGUCAGAGUGGAGGUGGAAGGUGUGUUUUGGAGGAGGCUUUGUUGCUUUGCCAUGCUCAUUUGGGAAAAAAAAAUAUUUUAAAAGUACUGAUGCUGCUGCUCUGUUUUUGCCUGUCCAUCUCUUCUGCUGCCCCCCUGGCACCCCUGAUGGCACCUUCUCACUGUAGCCCUUGGGCUCCCUCGAGUUUCAGCACCUGCUCGGGACUGGUUGUUGUACUGUAACAAACUGAUGUGUUUAACCUCAGUGUCCUGCCGUGUUCCACAUGGCAGUGCAGAGGGGGCCUUCUAGCUGUUAAUGCCUUUCCAGUUACUUUAUCAAAAGGACAAAAAAAAAAAAAAAAGAAAAAAAAAGAAAACUGUAAAUGUAGCCAAGCUGUGUUUGCAAUGCUUAUUGUCUCCUGUCUCUUCUGAGGCUGGUUCUGUCACUUGUCACUGUUUGAAAUGGAUGCUGGGCUGUUCUUGAGAGGGUUGCUACACUUGAUGUUAAAUGCCUCAUUGACUUUUUUGAACGUUUCCAAUACAGGUAACGGAUAAAAGAAUUUAUUUCUUUUUUUUUUUUUUUCCUAAACAAAUGUUCAUCUCGGUGGUUAGGAGUGGGUGGCUGGAGGGCAGCAUUUCCAGGAGUAGUUUACAGUUUCACUUUCUGCAGACACUUGAACAUAGGACCGAUGUAUCUGUGAUGAGCACAUCCCCUUGGUGGGAAGCUCCAGAGGAGCAGGGAGUGCCCUGGGUGUCAGCUGGCCCCUGUGGAGCGUGCUGGGGUCCCUCCAGCUCCCCAUGCUGUCCUGCUCUCUCCCCAGGUGUCAGCUCUGCACUGGGGGGGCUUGUGCCAUUGGUGCCCUUCACGGGAGGAGGUGCUUGGCACCACUUGGUCACUCAAACCUCCCUGGUGCAUCCCUGCUCCCCGUCUUCCCCCCCCCAGCCUGUCCUGGUCCCACUGGGGUUGGAAACCUUUGGAUCUGUGGCUCAAAGACACCCACUGAGCUGCAUCCUGCGAAUGCAGCCUUCUGCUUGCUUGCCUGGAGCUGAAGGGAUGAUGGUUCAAUGUGCUUGCCCUUCUCAAACCUUGUGUCCAACCUCAGCCUUCUGUUUCCCAAAACUAGAGUGUGUGUGCAACCUUCUUCAGCUGCAUUUAUAGUAGAGACAAACUUAAAAUGACUCAUCACAGACCAUGUAUCACUUGGGAGGAAAAUCUUGUUAAUACGGCCCGCUGUACAUGAUCCAUCUCUGUCAAUAGUACAUAAUCUUUGACCCAUGUGCUAGGAUCAUCAUCACGUAUAAAAGGAAAAGAGAAAAAUGUAAAAUACUUGAAUGAGAGCUUGUAUUAUAACAUUAAUAUUAUUCAGAGUAUCUGCUUUCUAGGCUGAUGUGAUUCAUUAUUCUAGUAAUGCUUUAGUCCUUUGUAAUUUGUGGUAAUUAUGCUUUUUCCUUUUUAAUACAAAAAAAAUGUAUAAAAAUAAAAAGUUCAAAAGACA